CGACACAUUAACCAAUAUAUUUUAUAACAACAUCAAAAGUAUCAUCAACAACAUCGCACCUUUAGAACACUGUAAACCUACGUUCUCCAAAGAUCUCUAUAUACCGGUCAGUACAAGAAGACGUCUUCAAAGACAUUGUACUCGAUUCCACAACUUAAAUGACUUUUCCUCUUUAGUAACGAUGACAGAAAUACUUGUUCGAACAGAGGCAAUAACUAAACAAAAAGCAGUAGCACAGGAAAAACGUGCAGUCGAACUUAAUAAUAACUCCUCUGCACUCACCAUACUACUCCAAAAUAAACUUAAACGCUCUAAAUCGAGAGGGAGUAUAUUCAUUAAAGGCAAACAAGUAUACGAAGAUCCCAAACUUAUCACAGAAUUAUUCAGUGAACAUUUUUGUUUCACACUAACUAACGAAAAACCAUUUAAUGAUUCAGAACCAAUCCCAGUAACUCCCUGUGAAAUUACUAAUGUAGAAUUCAGUGUACAAAAUAUCUCCAAAGCAAUCAGUACAUUGAAACACUCCUACACUGAUGGACCAGAUGGUAUUCCAUCUAGCAUGCUAAAACGUGGAGGUGAUGACAUGUGUGUUUUGCUUCUCAAACUAUUCGCGAUAUCACUCUCUUCAGCGUGUUACCCUACUGCCUGGAAAACUACACAUAUCAUUCCCAAAAUUAAAACAGGACCUGAAGCAAACGUUGAAAAUUACCGGCCUAUAAACAUAACUUCAGUGGUAUCCAGAGUGAUGGAAAAAGUAGUUAAGGCGGCUGUAGUCCAACAUCUAUUAACUAACAAUCUCUUGUCGACCUCCCAGCAUGGAUUUCUUAGGUCCAGAUCAUGCGACACAUGCCUAGUAGACUACCUGAAUGAUAUAACUCUGAAACGAGACAGCGGACUCCUUGUAUCAGUCCUAUUCCUAGACUUUAAGAAAGCCUUUGAUAAGGUCCCACACAAAAGGCUACUCGUCAAACUAAAGUCCUUCGGAAUACACAACCCACUGUACUCAUGGUUUGCUUCGUUCUUAACAGAACGUAAACAGAUGGUAAAGUACAAUGACUGUCUCUCGUCCCCUAGACCAAUCACCAGUGGAGUCAUCCAGGAAAGCGUAUUAGGGCCACUUUUGUUUCUUAUGUAUAUAAACGAUAUAUGUAACACCAUAGAAUUUGGGAAACCGUACUUAUAUGCUGAUGAUCUCAAAAUAGUAUACAGCUAUAAGCCUGAGACACUAAGCGAAAGUGUAUCCCAGAUCCAAAAGGACCUCAAUAACUUAACUAUAUGGAGUGAAAAAUGCCAAUUACCAUUUAACCUCAACAAGUGCGGGAUCAUGCACUUUGGAAAGCAUCCCUAUAAACCGCGACUUCACUUAAAUGAAUGUAUAGUCCAAACACUCGAAUCAGUACACGAUUUAGGAAUUAAUUACACAGGAAGCCUAAACUUUGAAGAACAUGCCUCCUCCAUUAUUUCUAAAUGUAGACGGCUAAUUGGUUUUAUAAUGAAAAACGUUUUCACAACAGAGGGUAAACUUACUCUCUACAAAAUAUGUGUACGACCCACCCUUGAAUACUGCUCUUUUGUCUUCUCUAAUAUGAAUAUCGCAGACAAGAUAAGAGUAGAAGAUGUUCAAAGACGUUUCACACGUCAACUACUAGGAUGUAACUCGAAUCUCGAUUACACAGACAGAUGUAAGCAUCUAUCUUUAGAACCUUUAUGGCACCGUAGGCUAAAACACAAUUUAAUAUUUCUCUACAAAGCGAUAUAUGGGCUCUCCUUUCUGACCUCCUGCCCGACUAUCACCCACGACCCAGCCUAUAGACUUAGAAACAACGCAUAUACACUACUUACCGUAAAACACCAAAAACAAAUGCGUUGUAAGUUCUUUACAGUACGGUACAGUUUAUUGUGGAACAGGCUGCCAAUGCCUAUCCGUAACUGUGAUACGUUUACCAGAUUCAAAAAGCUAAUAACCCUAUUUCUAGACUCCAAAGAGCUUCAACAUUACCUUGAACUCCCGCCCACCGAUGAGGCACUUUAUUACGGACCGGCUAGUAUCUAGAAAGGACAAAAUUAUAACAAGUUCGACUGUUACUAAUCUGAAUAUAACCAAAUCACAGGAUAUAUGGCUUAUCCUUUCCUAUUAUUCAUUGUUUAUUAAUCAUGAUUUCAUGCCCCUAACCCUAGCUUUCAGUCCCCAAAUCUCUACAGGUUAAAUGUACAUUAUUCUUCCUAAAAUUCAUGCUUUUUUUUCUACUGCAAGUAGACAGAUAGCUCAAUCUUAUGGAUGCUGAUCUACUAAGGCCGAUCAUUCAAAGCUCAAAAUCUGGCCACAAAGUCUUCCCCCUUGAGAUAUGGAACAGGU